ACAGGUGUUCACUAGAGCCACCUUGACACUAGACUGAGCUUCUGAUUGAACUCAGGUGGAAAAAUGACUUGCUCUGAAGGCUGUACAUCCUGCAAUGGAUUUAGCUUGAUUGUUCUAGUGGUGUUAGCAGUGGUUCUCAACACAAUACCACUAAUCAGCUACAAACUUCAGAGUGAUGAGUUAUCUAAAAACCCCAUAUCUUGCUUUGAGUGGUGGUUUCCAGGAAUCAUAGGAGCAGGUGUCCUGGUCAUUCCAGCAAUUGUAAUGUCCUUGGCUGCAAGAAAAAGGGCAUUCUGCAACAACAGAUUAGGAAUGAUUCUGUCAUCGUUUUUGAGCGUGUUAACUAUUGGUGGUGCAGUGUACUGUAUUUUGGUGUCUUUACUGGCUCUUUCUGAAGGACCCCUCAUUUGCAACUACAACGGCAACAGCACAUUCAAUUGUGAAUUUUCUAUGAAAAACUUAAGUGACAUCCAUGAUCAACUGCAACAACCAAUCACUCUGAGAUGGUUUUUCAGUCCUACUUGUCAGCCUGAAAUUCCCAACAAUUCUGUCCCUGAUAAUAGUAUUAAUAUUUUCCAGAGAACAAACACUCUCACUUUUAGCUCUGAAGAAAACAAACAUAAGAUUAUUCACCUUACAGUAUUUGUUGGUUUACUUUUGGUUGGGAUUCUUGAGAUCUUAUUCAGUAUCAGUCAGAUAGUGACUGGGUUGUUCGGCUGCCUCUGUGGAGUUUCUAAGCGGAGUAGAAAAACAUGGUAAUAAUAUGGGAAGCAAAGACAGUCUCUCUCAAGAGAUUUCCAUUUUAAGGUGGAAUAUAAUCCUUUAGAUAUUUUUAGAUAUCAAUGUUGGGAUAUUAGUCAAUGACAUGAAAAUGAUCUAAAUGUCCAUUUUAAAGUUACAUUUUGUUUCAUUUUCAAAACUUUCAAAAAAUGGUUUCGCUAAUAUACUGACUGUUUAAAGACAAGAAAUACAAUAUGUUUACUGCAUAAACUAGAAAUUCUCAGUAUGAUCACUCCAAGAAUUUUAAAAAAUGUUCUGCCUGGAUUCUGUAGUCUUAUAAAAAACUGACAAAUGAUUUUACCUAUAUUACUGUUAUAAUAUAAAAGCAGUAUUAAGAAUUUGUAGAUCUAAUUUUUAAUAAAGUGGUUUGCCACUUGGAAAUUUAAACUUGUUGGAAGAAAUUGUAGCAUAUUUAAUCAUGAUCAUAUAAUUGGAAGUUUGAUUUUAAUUGGACAAUUUUAACAGAUUUUUGUUGUUGUUGCUGGAGCUUUGCUGAAUCACUGAUAAUAUAAAAGGAUAAUGGCCAA